AUUCGGUUUGAAAAUAGGAGGAUAAAAACAUUUUCCAUUUUUUAUUUUAAUUUCUCUCUUCUUCCUGUCUCUCUAUACACCUCUCAUAUUCCUCAUUUCUCUCUCUAACCUGCAAUCGGAAGAAUAUGGACAUUCGCCGGAGGCCUCCCUUACCCUCUCAUUCUCAACACAAUCAAAAGCAUAAGGCUAUUACUCCUCCUCCUUCCGCCGCCUCCUCAGCUGAAGACGCCGUCGAUCAGCGGUCUCCGAAAGCCUCCGACGCCCUCCCCCUUCCGCUAUACCUAACUAACGGCAUUUUCUUCACGCUUUUCUUCUCCGUCGCCUAUUUUCUUCUCCACCGGUGGCGCGACAAGAUCCGUACAUCUAUUCCGCUUCACGUUGUUACGCUCUCUGAGCUUGCCGCCAUUGUUACGCUAAUAGCGUCAUUCAUUUACCUUUUAGGUUUCUUUGGAAUUGACUUUGUUCAAUCCAUCAUUUCGCGUAAUUCGGCAUGGGAUCUUGAAAACGACGACGAACAGCGCUUCAUUGUGAACGAAGAUCGAAGCAUUCAUUGUCCUUUGCCGUCAUCUGUUUCUGCCAAACCUAGAUUAAUGGACCUUCCCACUACUCCCUUGGUCUCGCAAGAUGAUGAAGAGCUCGUUAAAUCUGUUGUUUCGGGGGAAGUUCCUUCUUAUUCUUUGGAAUCAAAGCUUGGGGACUGCUUUAGAGCGGCUAAAAUCCGUCGCGACGCGGUCCAGAGGCUGGUGGGUAGAUCUCUAGAGGGAUUGCCGUUAGAAGGGUUCGAUUAUGAUUCAAUUUUGGGGCAGUGCUGCGAGAUGCCAGUGGGAUACGUGCAGAUUCCUGUAGGAAUUGCGGGACCACUUUUGCUUAAUGGUUGCGAGUACUCAGUGCCAAUGGCCACCACGGAAGGCUGCUUGGUUGCUAGCACCAACAGGGGUUGCAAGGCCAUCUAUGCAUCUGGUGGUGCCACGUGUGUGCUUCUCCGAGAUGCCAUGACCAGAGCUCCAGUGGUGAGGUUCGCCUCCGCGAAAAGAGCAACAGAAUUGAAGUUCUUCCUGGAGGACCCUCUCAAUUUUGAUACGUUAUCUGUCGUUUUCAACAAGUCAAGUAGAUUUGCUAGACUUCAAGCUAUCAAAUGUGCUAUUGCGGGUAAAAAUCUAUACAUUAGAUUUAGCUGCAGCACCGGUGAUGCCAUGGGGAUGAACAUGGUUUCUAAAGGUGUACAAAAUGUACUGGACUUCCUUGAAAGUGACUUUCCCGAUAUGGAUGUUAUUGGUAUAUCAGGGAAUUUCUGUUCUGAUAAGAAACCCGCUGCUGUCAAUUGGAUUGAAGGUCGUGGAAAGUCAGUUGUCUGCGAAGCUAUCAUUACUCGAGAUGUGGUGACAAAGGUAUUAAAAACCACGGUUCCUGCCCUCGUUGAGCUCAACAUGCUCAAGAACCUUACUGGCUCUGCUGUUGCUGGUGCUCUUGGUGGCUUUAAUGCUCAUGCUGCCAAUAUUGUCUCUGCUAUUUACAUAGCCACUGGGCAGGAUCCAGCACAAAAUAUAGAAAGUUCUCACUGCAUCACGAUGAUGGAGGCUGUCAACAAUGGUAACGAUCUUCACAUAUCUGUCACAAUGCCUUCCAUCGAGGUUGGCACUGUUGGAGGUGGAACCCAAUUAGCAUCACAAUCUGCUUGCCUCAACUUGCUUGGCGUAAAAGGUACGAACAAAGAAUCACCAGGGUCGAAUUCCCAGCUCCUGGCCACCAUAGUUGCUGGUUCUGUCUUGGCUGGGGAACUCUCUUUAAUGUCUGCCAUUGCAGCUGGCCAACUUGUCAAAAGUCACAUGAAAUACAACAGAUCAAGCAGGGACAUGACGAAAAUUGGUUCUCAGGAUCGAACUCACUCCCAGCCACAAUUGUAAUGCAGAGACAAGUGGAGUCAUGAUGGAGAUAAGCUAAGAUUUCUUUGUCACAGCUGGAAAGUAUUUUAAGCAUGUGAAGUGUGAAUCAAAUGGAGCGAAAUGUGCCUGAAUGUAGUACAAAAAGCAGUCCCUACUCGUGACACAUCUGGAGCCUUAGUCGAGCAUUUGAUUUUCACUUCUUUUCAAAAUUCUGUUCAUGCUCUUCUGUUCUUAGUUGUUUCUUCUGUCUGUCAUUAGGUGUAGCCACAAAUGUUUGUAAUUCUUUGUUUUGUUAGUUCUUCCGUUUUGUUCAGUUUGACAUUUUUCGCGAGCUUGAACGUUGAACACUUGAACUAACUGCAAUUCAAAGUUUCGUUUUAUGCUCUCUAUUCCCUGUAAUUACUUAUUGAAAAUUGGGUUA